AUUUGGAGUCAAAACUCAUUUCAUCACGCUUAUGCUGAUGUUCAGUCAAGGUCAUAAAAUGCAGGAUCAGGAACAUUUCUGUCGAAAUCUCCUUCUAACAAACGGCAGGGCUCUGUGCUUUAUGUUGUCCUGGAGCAGGUUGACCAAGGAUCACCUGUUCAAGCGUAGCAUCAUUUUGGUUAAGGCCUGGUGCUGUUAUGAGAGUCGUUUCCUCGGUGCCAACACUGAACUGAUUUCAACAUAUGCAUUGGCCAUACUGGUCCUUUAUCGGUGA